UUCCCCGGCGGCCGGGACGGCGGCCCCCGGCACCUGCCCGGUGCUGAUCCCGGGGGUGUCCGGGGGUCCCCCUGAGCCCCCCGGUGAUGUUCUCGGUGCAGGAGGCGCUGCCCCGCGGCGGGGUCCCCAUGAAGGAGGAGCCGCUGAGCGCGGGGCUCCCCGCCGGCCGCUGGCUGCAGGGGGGCACCGGCAUCCUGGACGCCAGCACGGCGGCGCAGAGCGGGGUGUCGCUGGCCCGCGCUCACUUCGAGAAGCAGCCCCCGGCCAACCUGCGCAAGUCCAACUUCUUCCACUUCGUGCUGGCCAUGUACGACGGCCAGGGCCAGCCCGUGGAGGUGGAGCGCACCUGCUUCAUCGACUUCGUGGAGAAGGAGCGGGAACAGAACGGGGAGAAAACCAACAACGGGAUCCACUACCGGCUGCAGCUGCUCUACAGCAACGGGCUGCGGACCGAGCAGGAUUUGUAUGUCCGCCUCAUUGACUCCAUGUCCAAGCAGGCCAUCAUUUACGAGGGGCAGGACAAGAACCCCGAGAUGUGCCGGGUGCUGCUGACGCACGAGAUCAUGUGCAGCCGCUGCUGUGACAAGAAGAGCUGCGGGAACCGCAACGAGACCCCCUCGGACCCCGUCAUCAUCGACAGGUUUUUCCUCAAGUUUUUCCUCAAGUGCAACCAGAACUGCCUGAAAAAUGCUGGGAACCCGCGGGACAUGCGGCGCUUCCAGGUGGUGGUGUCCACCACGGUGCACGUGGACGGCCACGUCCUGGCCGUGUCCGACAACAUGUUCGUGCACAACAACUCCAAGCACGGCCGGCGCACCCGGCGCCUCGACCCCUCCGAAGCAGCCACCCCCUGCAUCAAGGCCAUCAGCCCCAGCGAGGGCUGGACCACGGGCGGUGCCACCGUCAUCGUCAUCGGGGACAACUUCUUCGAUGGCCUCCAGGUGCUCUUUGGCACCGUGCUGGUGUGGAGCGAGCUCAUCACCCCCCACGCCAUCCGCGUGCAGACGCCCCCCCGGCACAUCCCGGGGGUCGUGGAGGUGACAUUGUCCUACAAGGCCAAGCACUUCUGCAAGGGCGCCCCGGGACGCUUCGUGUACACCGGAGGUGCUGCUGAAGCGCGCGGCCGACCUGGUGGAGGCGCUCUAUGGGGUCCCCCACAGCAACCAGGACGUGCUGCUGAAGCGGGCGGCCGACGUGGCCGAGGCGCUCUACAGUGUCCCCAGGGCCCCCGCGCACGUCACUGUCCCCUCCUUCGGCGGGGGACAGCUCGGCCUCGCCAUGGGCGACUCCCCACAGGGCUCCGAACAAGGGUUCUCGCGCAGCCCCGGGACGCCCCCGGCGCGGGGGUUCGGCCCCCCGGGCUCGGCCCCCCAGCCCGGCUUUGCCGGGGCCACCGGCGGCUUCGGCGGGGCCACCAUGGCCGGCCUGGGCGUGCCCGGGUCCCCCCCGAGCUUCCUGAACGGCUCCACCGCCACCUCGCCCUACGCCAUCCUGCCCGCCAGUCCCCCGCUGGGCUCCUCAUCUGUCGCUGUCACCUCGGGCGGGGGCACUGCCACCUCUCCCGGUGGCUUCUCCUUCUCCCCGGUGACGAUGAUCUCGGCCGUGAAGCAGAAGAGCGCCUUCGCCCCCGUGCUGCGCCCGCCGGGGUCCCCCCCGCCCGCCUGCGCCAGCGCCCUACAAGACCCAGCUUUCGAGGACUCGGACAAAUUCCAUGCUCCGGCGCGGCCGCUCCAGGGAUUGGCCUAUUCCUAAGGACGGCGUCUCCGGAGGGGCUCCGGAUCCCCCAUCCCGCCGGGACAAGGACUGAGGACAUCCCUGUCCCCUCCCCUCGGAGCUGGGUGGAGCUGCCAGGCCCAGCGGGAUGAGGGGACCCAGCCCCCCGAUGUCCCCACCCUGGGUGGCCCCGGCCUGGCCCAGCUGAGGGGGGACUCGGGGAAAUCCUGGAAUGAGCCAGAAUUCCUGGGUUUGGCCUCGGGAAGAGGUGGAGAGAGCCGGGAAUGGGGCGGAGGAGGGAGAGGGGUGGAGGCGCUGGGAUGGGCGGGAGGGGUGGUCCAGAAUGGGGGGGAUGAUCCAGAAAAGGAUGGAUGAUCCAAAGUGGGAUGGAUGAUCCAAGGUGGGCUGGAAGCUCUGGAAAAGGAUGGAUGAUACAACGUGGGAUGGAUGCUCCGGGAUGAGAUGGAUCAUCCAAGGUGGGAUGGAUGUUCCAAGGUGGAAUGGAAGCUCUGGAAAAAAAUGGAUGAUCCAAGGUGGGAUGGAUGCUCUGGGUUGAGAUGGACACUCCAGGAUGGGAUGGAAGCUCCAGGUCGGGACAGAUGUUCUAAGGUGGGAUGAAUCAUCCAAGGUGGGAUGGAUGCUCUGGAAUGAGAUGGGUGUUCCAAGGUAGGACAGAUGUUCCGAGGUGGGGUAGAUCAUCCAAGGUGGGAUGGAUGCUCUCAGAUGAGAUGGACACUUCGGGAUGGGAUGGAAGCUCUGGAAAGGGAUGGAUGUUCCAAGGUAGGAUGAAAGCUCUGGAAAAGGAUGGAUGAUCCAAGGUAAGAUGGAUGCUCCAGGAUGGGUUGGAUGAUCCAAGGUAGGAUGGAUGAUCCUGGUGGGAUGGAAGCUCCAGGUCAGGAUGGAUCAUCCAAGGUGGGAUGGAUGCUUCAGGUGGGAUGGAUGUUCCAACGGGGAAUGGAUGCUCUGGAAAAGGAUGAUCCAAGGUGGGAUGGAUGCUCCAGGAUGGAUUGGAUGAUCCAAGGUGGGCUGGAUGCUCUGGGAUGAGAUGGAUGCUCCAGAUUGGGAUGCAUGAUCCAAGACGGGAUGGAUCAUCCAAGGUGGGAUGAAUAUUCCGAGGUGGGAUGGAAGCUGUGGAAAAGGAUGGAUGGUCCAAGGUAAAAUGGAUAUCCAGGUUGGAAUGGAAACUCCAGGAUGGGUUGGAUGAUCCUGGUGGGAUGGAUGAUCCAAGAUGGGAUGGAAGCUCUGGAAAAGGAUGGAUGAUCCAAGGUGGGAUGGACUCUCUGGGAUGAGAUGGAUGCUCCAGGUUGGGAUGCAUGAUCCAAGGCAGGAUGGAUGAUCCAGGUGGGAUGGAUGUUCCAACAUGGGAUGGAUACUCCAGAAAAGGAGGCUCCAGGUGGGAUGGAAGCUUAAGGAUGGGUUGGAUGUUCCAAGGUGGGAUGGAUGAUCCGAGUGAGGUGGAUGAUCCAGGAUGGGAUGGAUGCUUCAGGAUGGAAGGGAUGUUCAAGGUGGGAUGGAGGAUCCAAGUGGAAUAGAUGUUCCAAUGAUGGGUGGAUGCUCCAGAAAAGGAUAAUCCAAGGUGGGAUGGAUGCUUCAGGUUUGAAGGGAUGUUCUAGGUGGGAUGGAUGAUCCAAGGUGGGAUGGAAGCUCUGGAAAAGGAUGGAUGAUCCAAAGUGGGAUGGAUGCCCUGGAAUAGGGUGAAUAUUGAGGAUUAGAGGGAUGAUCCAAGAGAAGAUGGAUGCUCCUGGGCAGGGGGGGAUGAUCUGGGGUGGGAUGGAUGGAUGGAUGGAUGGAUGGAUGGAUGGAUGGAUGGAUGGAUGGAUGGAUGGAUGGAUGGAUGGAUAGAUGGAUGGAUGGAUGGAUCCUCCAAGCCAGGAGGGCUGAUGUGGGACAGGAUGGACGCUCCCAGGACAGAUGGAUGCUCCAAGGUGGGAUGGAUGCUCCGGGUGGGAAUAUCCUGGAUCCCCCAGGACGGGAUGGAUGCUCCGGUGGGACCCGGCUCCUCCUGCCUUUCCCGGCUCUCUCCCCACUCCAAUCCAGAGCCUCACCCACAAUUCCAGAAUCCGAUCCCGGAUCUCCGCCUGUCCAGGAUCAGGAUCCUGAUGCCACCCGGGGCAUGGGGACACCGCUGUCCCCUGCCAUUAAUUAUUGCCAUUAUUAUCGAUAUUAAUUAUCAGAACUAUUUUGACCACGGGGAGGGGGGAGGUCCCUGGGUGUCCCUGGGUGUCCCUGUCCCCUCCCCCAGCCGGGAAUUUUGUACAUAAAACGGGAAGAAUUCCCAACAUUCCCCCUUUUUCCCCGCUCGGGGGUGGCUCGUGUCCCUCCCCUCCGUGUCUGUCCCCUCUCGGUGUCACCGCGUGUCCCCUCCACGCCGGGCUGGGGGGUGACCCUUGGGGACAAUGUUCCCCCCACUCGCGGAGGUGGCGUAGGGCAUGGCCGGGGGCCCGAAUGGGAAUUAAAGACCUCGUGGAAAA